AUGAAUCAAUUUUGUUAUAUAUCAACAUGUAAAUAUUAUCAUUUAGCAACGAAACAGUCAAUAGUGGUUUAUCGUUGUUCUUGCAUAAUGGAUGGUGGCCAAAUAUUUAUUGAUUUGAGGACAUCGGUCACCACGUGUGGAUCUCAUAAUGGUAUUGUAGUAUAUUCUGGUGUAAUUCAAGGCAAUACUAAGACGAGUGAUCUUUUCUAUUCUCCCUAUUCUAACACACCAAUUUCACCUAUACAAAUCACGUCGAUUCCCAGUUCUAGCGUUGAACCGUAUAUUGGCCCAGAAAAUUUGUCGCCUUUAUUGAUUUGUGAUACAUCAAAUCCACAAGAAAAACCGAGCUCACCACAGAGUCCGACUUAUUCAUUUGGAAAAAGCGAUUCACCACCAAAUGAAUUCAUCGAUCAUUUGGAUCGAAUUCAUUUGAACGUUUUUCAGGAUUCUGUGGAAGCAACUUGUCCAUCAACCAAUCGUUUGAACAAAUGCGUUAAGUCCGAUACAGUCGAGUCGGACACCACUCUUCAGUCUAAUCCUAUAAUUAAAAAUAAUCGUUCUUUUGUACCAAAAUCAAAUUUGCAUUAUUCGUAUCCUCAAAAAGCAAAAAAUGUAAAAGUAACAUUAAAAAAUUACGAUGAGAAUUCGAAUCGUUCAAUUUCAACAAAUAAUUAUUUUCUCGAUGAAUUAGAAAAUAAUCAAGAAAUGAUUUCUUCAUCGCAAAGAAGAUUAGCAACGGAAAUCGAACCAACCGAUUAUGCGAAUCAAAUUCGUCGUUCUUCUUCAUUGCUUCCAGCUAAAUCGCUAAUCUCUCUUAACGAACAUUCUUAUGAUAAUCAGAGAAAUGGUUCGUUGGCUAGAAUUGCCUGUCGAGAGCAGAAAUUUAUGGAAGACGACUAUCGUAAUGAUUUAUCUGCAAAUCUAAAGCAACAACGAAUGAGGAGAAAUAUAGAUUCUAGUGAAGAAAAUGCUAAACAACUCGAGAAGAAUCGUUCAGUUAUGGUUCCAACACGAGACUAUGAAAUUUUAUAUGAAAGGAGUCGUCAAAAUUCAAAACCCGCCGAGGAAGAUUUUCAUCUUUAUGAGACUCGAGACGCGUUAGGCAAUAUUCGAUUCCACUGGUGA